AUGGAGUAUUAUAGUUACCGCAUAUUUGAACGUCGUUCAGAAUAUUCCACCAUAUUAAGAGCCGGAAAACUCUUUCACAAAUUUUUGGUUGAUGCAUGGGCCGCUGCAGAACAGAGUAAACUUGCAUGGCUAAGAUUUCACCAACCGACUUUACGUUCGGAUUGUUACAGUUGCAUCGCAGAUAUGACAAAUGCUGAUUUGAAUCCGGGGGAGAGAGGUAAUCUUUUUAUUUUACCAUCUUUACAUACUGGUAGCGGAAGGCAUAUGCAUGAAAUAUAUCAGGAUUCAAUGGCGAUUACACGUUUUCACCACCAUCCCGAUAUUUUUCUUACAAUGACAGCUAAUCCUAAUUGGCCAGAAAUAAGAAAUGCACUCUUCCCACGUCAAACUGCACUUGAUCGUCCUGAUCUGGUAACUCGCGUUUUUGAGAUUAAAAGAAAAGCUCUGAUGAAAGAAAUAAAGGAAAAAAAGGUUUUUGGUACAGUUGUUGCCCAUGUUUAUACCAUCGAGUUUCAGAAACGAGGAUUACCGCACAUGCAUUGUCUUAUAUUUUUAAAAGAUUCAGAAAAAAUUCGUACGUCAGACAUGGUUGAUAAAUUUGUUUCCGCUGAAUUUCCGGAUGAGAAAAAUUACCCCAUACUAUUUGACACGGUCAGCAAGUGUAUGGUUCACGGUCCAUGUGGAGAUCGAGAUUCGGGUGCACCGUGUAUGGCAAAAGGAAAAUGUACCAAAGGAUAUCCAAAAAAUUACACAGAAACAACAACUUUGGACGAGGCUGGGUAUCCAAGUUAUCGUCGGCGUCGGGAUGGAAGAGAAGUGACUGUCAGAAAUAACAAAAAGGCAUAUAAUAUUGAUGUUGUUCCCUAUAAUCCACGUCUGUCAAGAAUGUUCAAUUGCCACAUCAAUGUGGAAAUAUGUGCGGGCAUAAGAGCGGUUAAAUAUAUUAAAAAAUAUAUUUUCAAAGGUGGUGAUCGAACUACGAUGGUAUUUGGAGAACAUAACGAGAUUCAACAGUACAUUGAUGCGAGGUACAUUGGACCAGCCGAGGCAGUAUGGCGUUUAUUGGAGUACCAAUUGCAUGAAGAAAAUCCGAGUGUACAACGGUUGUCCGUGCAUCUACCAAACUAUCAACGAGUUGUGUAUAACUCAAGGCGAUCAAUGAGCUCCGUUAUACAAACUGCACAGGAACAUAAAACCACUUUGAUGGGGUUGAGGACUGUAACUAAUGGAGAAGUGUGCACGGUCCAUAAUACGUUCAAAGAGGCAUGCAUUGCACUGAGAAUAUUAGCAAAUGAUGGAGAAUCGGAAAAAUGCCUUCAAGAAGCGGUGGUUAUGAAAACUGGAAAUCAGCUGAGGAAAUUGUUCUGCAUUAUCCUAUCAGAAUGCAAUCCAACAAAACCGGAGCUUUUAUGGGCAAAAUAUGGAAUGAACAUAUGUGAUGAUAUUCAACAUAGAUUACGAACGAUGUUUAAUAUCCCAAAUCCAACUGAUGAACAUGCUAUGGAUUACGGAUUAUACCUGUUGGAUCAACUGCUUCGACAAUCUGGAAAAAAACUAGAGAACUAUAAGUCAAUGCCACGACCAAGACAUGAUUGGGGUCAAAUUGUGGGUAACAAAUAUAUUUGGGACCAUCGACAACUUCAAUUUACAGUAAGGGAAUCUGUGCUCAAUACGGAUAUUGAGAGAUUGAAUGUCGAACAACGGACGGCGUAUAAUACAAUAGUGGAUUCUGUGAAUAACCGCGAUGGUCGAAUGUUUUUUCUGAAUGGCAGUGCGGGGACGGGAAAAACAUUUUUGUACAACACAAUAGCAAGAAGUUGUCGUAAAGAUGGAAAAAUAGUUUUAACUGUUGCUUCAUCGGGUAUUGCUUCAUUACUUCUUGAUGGAGGUCGCACUGCACAUUCGACUUUUAAGAUACCAUUUAAUGUCCAAGAAGAUAGUAAUAUUGGGAUUAGUAACGACUCCGAGUAUGCCCAACUACUUAAAGAAGUCAGAUUGGUUAUAUGGGAUGAAGUUUCAAUGCAACAUAGAUUUUGUAUGGAGGAGGUUGACCGUCUACUACAAUAUAUUUGUAGUGAUGACAAAAACUUUGGAGGUGUAACGGUUGUUUUGGGUGGAGACUUUCGACAUACUUUACCGGUGCUCUCAAACGCAGGUCGUGAACAAACUGUUGGAGCGUCUAUAAGAAGUUCAUUUCUUUGGGAUUAUAUUAAUGUCUUGACACUAAACCAAAAUAUGCGACUGGAACAACAACCAGAAAAUUUGGAAUUUGCUAACUUCUUACUAGAGAUCGGAACGAACCCUAAAGAAGUUGUUAACCUACCAUCGGCAAUGAACAGAUGUCAAAACAUGCAUGAGCUAAUAUCUUCGGUGUACCCGCUCCUGGGAAAGGAUGGACCAGCGUCACCAGAACACUUAACCGAGAGAAUCAUUUUAUCUCCACGUAAUGAAGAUGUCCAUAAGAUUAAUGCGGAGGCAUUAAGAAAUUUGCAGGGUGAGGCUUUUACAUAUCUUGCUGCUGACAAGAUGAUUCGGGAUGACCACAGAAGGGAUUCAAGGUUCACAACGGAAUUUCUCAACAAUUUGAAUCCACCAGGAUCACCUCCAUUUAAGCUAGACAUUAAAGUUAGAAGUCCGGUUAUGUUAUUGAGAAAUCUUGCACCAAAAGAAAGUUUGUGUAAUGGUACUAGACUGGUGGUCACGAGGUGUGGACGAUAUGUUAUUGAAGCUAAAAUCAUAACAGGGGAAAAGGCUGGUGACAUAGUAUUCAUCCCAAGAAUAACUUUUCAACCUUCACCUUCGGAGCUAGACAUACAAAUGGAAAGACGCCAAUUUCCCGUACGUGUUGCAUACGCGAUGACGAUUAACAAAUCACAGGGACAAUCGGUGAAGUAUGUGGGUAUAUAUUUACGCACUCCGGUAUUUAGCCAUGGUCAACUAUAUGUGGCAUUAUCUAGGUGUACUGCUGCUAGGAGAAUAACUCUAUUGAUGCCAAAUGAGUCGAAUGGGUGUUUUAAUCUGGAAACCAAAAAUGUAGUGUAUCCUGAAAUUUUAUUGUAA